AUGGACUUGAAUCCGUUUCGCUAUAAAACGCCGCCGUCCUUUAACACGACAGCCGCAGAGAUCAAAGCCGACGCAGAAGCUUUGAUAGAAGCCACAUCUCAUCUCUGCAACAAAAUUGUUAACGAGAUUGAUCCGCGGAGUGCGAACUUCGAGAACACCAUACGAGCAUUUGCAGAAGACGAGAACUUGAGAUCGGAAAAAGAAAAUCACUUGCGCUUCUAUGCGUCAACACAUCCCAUUAAGGAGCUUCGCGGAGCCUCUUAUGCUGUUGCGGAUCUAUUCAAUAAUUCUGAGGCCGAUCUCUUUUCCCGUGCAGACUAUUUUGUCCUGGUCGAUAGCGUUUUGGACAAGGAGAAAGCCGCUCAUCCACCCACCCUGGACGACAAAUCAAUGCACUAUUUGAUCAAGUUUCACCAACGUUUUGUGAUGAGUGGAUGUGGUAUUGCCAAUGCUGAAGUCCGGAGCGAGUUCGUGGGCAAAAAGAAACGAAUCAGCGAGUUGGCGAAGCAGUCCAGAAAAAAUAUGGCAAAUGAGAAGACUGGCCUUUGGCUCACGCGCGACGAGCUCAGGGGCAUGUCCGAGAGUUUCUUGAGCAAACUCACUGAAGGGGUUGAUGAGCAUGCAGGAUAUCUAUGGGUACCCACCAAGAACCCAUUCAGCCUGCCCAUAUUCAACUAUGCAACAGAAGAAGCCACACGAAAAAGGGUCUAUUACGCCGUGAUGAACAGAAUGCCGGAGAACAUCCCUCUGCAUCGAGAACUAGUCCUUCUUCGAGAUGAGACUGCUCGGUUACUGGGCUGGCCAAAUCACUUCGUAUUCAAGACAUCGCAGAAGAUGGUCGGAUCUCCCGAAGCAAUUCACAGGUUGCUCGCUGAAGUCCGGUCUGCCCUUACGCCUGUCGCAGAGCAGGCUGCUGAGCAAUUACGAGAAUCAAAAGUGGCCGAAACCUCGUCUCGUGGCGAGUCGGUGGACGAUGUCAAGUUGUUCCACUGGGACAGGGCAUACUUCGACACAAAAUUGGACGAGCAGGCUGGCAACGCAGAGUCCCUGACCUCGGAGUAUUUUGAACUCAGUACGACUUUACGAAAGCUGCUGGACGUAUACCUUCAGAUCUUCGGCGUCAGAUUCUUUCCAAUGGAGCAAACUGGCAGCGACUUGCUGGAACAGGGGCUUGUUUGGCAUGAAGACGUACAGAUGUUCUCUGUGUGGAAUGUGGAUCAGGCUGGGCCUGAGUUUCUUGGAUAUGCCUACCUCGAUCUGUUUCCUCGUGAGGGGAAGUAUACGCAUGCUGGGCAGUAUGCGUUGCAACGAAGAUACCAAACGUCAGACGGUACCUACUUCAACCCAUGUGCUUGCUUGGUCAUGAAUUACAUGAAACCGUCGCUCGAGAGACCAACAUUGCUUGACUUCAACGGCGUACGAAGCCUAUUCCAUGAGCUUGGCCAUAUGUAUCACGGACUAUUGAGUCGAUCUCGAUAUGCCAAACUCCAUGCAGUUGACAGUGACUUCGUCGAAACUCUCAGCAUGAUGCUCGAGCAGUUCUUCUGGGACCCCAAGAUCAUCCACGAAGUUUCGCAUUACUACUCCCACAUCAGUCCAGAGAUGCGACGUGCUUGGCUUGCAAGUCGAGGAUACAACUCAGAAGACAUUACCCCUGAGAUUCCACUCAAGAUCAGUAUCGAAUACGCUGCAAAGCUCGGGGCGAACGAAGCCGUUCGCCGCGUUCGCAAGUCACUCAACGAGCUCUUCUUCUCCACGUAUGAUAUGCUCAUCCACAGCCCGGUUUCUCACGAAGAUCUCGAGAAGACGAAUUUACCGGAGCUCUACAACAGACUGCGAUGCGAGAUCUUCAAAUCUCACGGGGGCGAGGCACUGGGCGACGGCUGCAAGGAGAAUGGCCGUCGAUAUCGAGAUAUGGUUCUCUGCAAGGGCGGAACGCAACCUGAAAUGAAGACGCUGAUCAACUACAUAAGCCAUGAGCCAAGCUCGAAGCCGUAUCUGACAUCGCUGGGCGUGAAGUAUUAUUAG